ACCCAAGUGAUGGAUUACCAAUCUCGUCCCAUUGCACAGUCCAAGGCCGGGGUUGAUGUUGCGAAGCAUUAACACAGGUAUGCCUUCCUUGAGAGUUAGUACGUGAGGGGGCAUUCCAGGGAAUGUUAGUGUGUUGAGAAAUUCGGUUGGGUAGCCUAUUUCCACAUUGUUUGUAUCCUGGGAUGCCUUGCAAAUCUCAUCGCAGCUCUUGUAUGACUUUUCUUCUCCAGGAUUCUGUAUUCCACUUCAGCUUGAAGUCUGGGUACGUGUGGCUGAUUAUGUCUGAGGUGUGGUCUGUUUUUAGCAUCACACAAUGUUCUUCAGAGGGCACUGCAACUGAUUCAGAGGCCGACACUGAAAGCCGCUAUGGAGUUGAUGUUGACCAGGCGCUUGAGUGGGGAAAGCAGGUCAGUAUCUUAGCAUGUGUUUUGCAUGACGCCCUGCCUAAGGAGAAUGUUAAAGGCCAUGUUGUCAAUGUUGCAUCAGAAUUUAAGCAAUCAUAUUGCAGAUGUUACAUUCCCACUGUUAGUUGUUCAACACGUAAGGAUGGACUACCUAUUGUGGGGGCUUAUGAACGCAAUAACAGCAAGGCAAAGAACUCACCACCCACUUUCUCUUUGUGUUGCAUGGAAGGCCGGGUUUCCCUCUCCGCAUUGAAAACUGCACCUCAGUAUCUAAGAAACCUUCUAAGCCACAAUGGAGGGAAACGUUCAGCUACCUUUCGUGAAAACAUAAGGGCAUAUAACUCUAUUCUUGCCUUCACAUCAAUAGGGGCACAAAUCGAUUACGAAAUCAAUAAAACCAAAGGACCAUAUGUCUUUAGAAUCAGCGGCCAAAACUGCCAUCAAAUUGGUUCACUAAAUCCCCAACCAGGGAAACCCCGGAAGUUCCUCCAGCUAUAUAUGUAUGAUAACAAAACAGAGGAAGUGUGUUCUAGGAUAAAGUCACUUACAAAGGACAAACCAAACUCCAAGCUAGAUGAGACCAUUCUCUCAGACCUAAUAACAAUGCUUGACAGGGAGAAUUGUUUGGCAAAAACAUUUAGAAUGGCACGAGAUAGAAUGAAAGAAAGUGAAGAUGUACAGCUACAACUACACCUCUUAUCAGAGCGCACACCAAAACAGAGGCAGUAUAAUGCACCCACAGCAUCAGAAGUAGCGGCACUAAUAGUAGGGGAUUUUGGCCAAGCACCAGAUGGAAGAAAUAUAGUUGUAGAACAUAAAACAAAAGGCCUUCAAGAGAUUAAUGAAAGACACCCAGCUUUGAUGGCAUUGCAGUAUCCCCUACUUUUCCCACAUGGAGAAGACGGGUACCAUGAAAAAAUCCUAUAUACUGAUUCUCCACGUAUGCAAGUCUCCCGGGCGUGCGUCACCAUGAGAGAAUACUAUGCUUAUCGCAUGCAACAAAGACUCACUGAAGGAGAACAACUAUUAACACUAAAAGAUACUCAGAACAUAGCUGAGGUUGUGAAUGAUGACACCGCACAACAAACAAUGUUCACACAGUGGCUAGAAAGAAACAGCCAUGAUGCUGAAGCACGUGCUCUAACUUACGCGGAAUUCCCAAUGUGUUACGCACUUGGAUUGCUAAGUGACGAAAAAGAAUGGAUAGAAGCUAUCCAAGAAGCAAAUGAAUGGGCCACGGCUAAUCAAGCACGAGAGCUUUUUGUUACAAUCCUUCUUUUCUGUGAGGUGUCAGACCCCAACCAGUUCUGGGAGAACACCAAAAACAUUCUUCAAGAUGAUAUCUUGCACAGAAGAAGAAAAAUGUACCGCCAUCCAGACCUGCACCUUACACCAACACAAAUACAAACAUACUGCCUCCUGGAGCUUGAUAAAAUACUACAGCGGUUUGGUAAAACACUCUCUGACUUCCAAUCCCUCCCGCAACCUAGCUUCAGUGAGAUCAGUUCAUUAGAUAAUAGAAUGAUCCGAGAGGAACUAAGCUACAACAUAACUGAGUUGCAGGCCCUACACACACAGAAUAUGACUCUACUCAAUGGAGAACAACUGAAAGCCUAUAAUGCUGUCAUCGCUGCUGUUGAAACAGGACAGGGAGGCGUCUUCUUUGUAUAUGGCCAUGGUGGAACAGGGAAAACAUUCUUGUACUCUACUAUAGCUGCCAAAAUUCGAAGUGAACGAAAGGUAGUGCUAACUGUGGCAUCCUCAGGUAUGUAACAUUCAUUUAAAUCAAAACACACCCACAAAUUACCAAGGUCACAAUCACAACAUAACUUAUAAUAAAAACCCAAAAUACAAAAAAAAACCACUUAUACAAAAACUAAACCAAUUAUAGAUAUACUUUCUAACAAAUGCAUCCAAAACUCCCUUAAAACCUAAGGUUCCCAUUAUGAAAUGAAAACACGACCCACAAACAAAAAUAAUAAAUAUACGUGUAGGAA